CCGAGAGAGCGCGGGGGACACGGGGCAGCGCGCGCCGGGCGAUUGCGCGGGAACUCCUGAGCAUGGAGAGCUGAUCAGCACAGGUGACCACGCAGAGCUCAUCAGUACAGGUAACCAUGCAGUCUGAGAAUCGAAAAAGAGCUCCAGCAUGGACCAUACAGGAGGUACUGGAUCUGAUCACUAAAUGGGGAGAGGAUUCCGUGCUAGCAGAACUACGUUCCAAAAGACGAAAUGCCAAAAUCUUUGAAAAAAUCUCCAAGGGCAUGAUGGAGAGAGGCCACAAUAGGGACACACUGCAGUGCGGCGUGAAAGUUAAGGAGCUCAGACAAGCCUACCAGAAAACCCAAGAAGAAAAUGGAAGGUCCGGGGCAGAGCCACAGACAUGCUGCUUCUACGCUGAGCUGCAGGCAAUUCUAGGGGGAGCCACCACCACUACCCCACCCCUGACCAAGGAUUCCAAGGAGGAGGUAAUCUCAGCCAUGCCUGAGGAUUCUGCGGAUGGGGAAGAUGAGGAGGAGGAGGAGUUUGUGGAGAGCACACAGCACUCCGUUCUCCCCAAUAGCCAGGAUCUUUUUCUCAGCCUGAUUGAAGUACCCUCCCAACCCUCCCAAGGCAGUAUCCCAGACCAUGAAGCCAUGGAAGGGACCUCUGCUGCAAAUUUUUCUCAGAUAAGGCGGUGAAAAAAAGGAUGUGAGACGAAAUGUUCACUGAAAUCAUGGAAUUGACCCGCA